CAGGCGCGCGCGAGCGCGGCUACAGCUGCUGCUGAAGUAUCCGAACUCAGCGCAGCGCGGCUGGUGGGCGGACCGACAGACGGACGUACACAGGGACGCUGCGACCCCCAUCCCUGCACAAACGCCGCGGUAACCCGCCUUGCCCCGCCGGUCCAGCCACUCCUCGCUCGGGUGCCCGCCGUGCCCAGCCCCAGACCGCCAGCUGCUCGGCGCCCCGGGUUCGCCAUGCGCUCCGCCGCUGUCCUGGCGCUUCUGCUCUGCGCCGGGCAAGUCACUGCCCUCCCUGUGAACAGCCCUAUGAAUAAAGGGGACACCGAGGUGAUGAAGUGCAUCGUUGAGGUCAUUUCUGACACACUGUCCAAGCCCAGCCCCAUGCCUGUGAGCCAGGAGUGUGUGGAGACACUCCGAGGAGAUGAACGGAUCCUCUCAAUCCUGCGACAUCAGAAUUUGCUGAAAGAGCUCCAAGACCUUGCUCUCCAAGGUGCCAAAGAGAGGGCCCAUGAGCAGAAGAAACACAGCAGUUUUGAAGAUGAACUCUCAGAGGUUCUUGAGAAGCACAACAGCCAGGCCGAGCUAAAGGAGGGGACAGAAGAGAUGCCCUUCAAAGAUGCUGCAGAGAAAAGAGGGGAUGCUAACGAGAUGGAGACGAAUGCCGAAGAUACGGAUGGAGCCAGGCCCCAGGUCUCCCCAGAGCCCGGGCAGGGGUCCGAGGUGGAGGAGGACAACCCGGCCCCAGGGGAGGAGGCAGCUGCCAACACUCACCCCCCCGCCAGCCUCCCCAGCCAGAGACACCCAGGCCCACAGGUCGAGGGGGACAGCGAGGGCCCCUCCCAGGAUCUGGUGGACAAAGAGAAGAGCCUGGGUGCAGAGCAAGGGCAGCAGGCCAGGAGAGAAGAGGACGAGGAGGCCGCAGAGGCUGGAGAGAAGGCCGUCCCUGAGGAAGAUGGCCCCACCGCAGUCCUUAACCCCCACCCAAGCCGCGGCUACAAGGAGACCCAGAGCGGUUGGUCCGAGGCUAUGGCUGUGGAUGGAGCCGGGAAGACUGGGGCUGAGGAAGCUCAGCCCCCCAAGGGGAAGGGGGAGCGGGAGUGGUCCCGGCAGGAGGAGGAGGAGAUGGCAGAGGCCCCUCAAGGCCUCUUCCGGGGCGGGAAGAGCGGGCCGCUGGAGCAGGAGGAGGAGGAGCGACUCUCCGAGGAGUGGGAAGAUGCCAAGCGAUGGAGCAAGAUGGACCAGCUGGCCAACGAGCUGACGGCCGAGAAGCGGCUGGACAGGGAGGACGAGGAGGACGACCCUGACCGCUCCAUGAAGCUCUCCUUCCGGGCUCAGGGCUACGGCUUCAGGGGCCCAGGGAUGCAGCUGCGACGAGGCUGGAGGCCGUCCUCCCGCGAGGACAGUGUUGAGGCAGGCCUGCCCCUCCAGGCGCGUGGCUACCCAGAGGAGAAGAAAGAGGAGGAGGGCAGCGCCAACCGCAGACCUGAGGACCAGGAACUGGAGAGCCUGUCGGCCAUAGAGGCGGAGCUGGAGAAGGUGGCCCACCAGCUGCAGGCCCUGCGGCGGGGCUGAGACGCCAGCUGGCCCUGCCAGCCAGGACCCGGAGGAACCCUGUGGUCCUGGCUCUGUUGUCCCCUUUGCAGGUCCUGGCCAGCCGGCCUGGGCGCUGCUUCCGGUAGGGCGGUUGCCCCAGCCCGCCCAAGCCCAGGCCACCCUGUUGCCCCCACGCUCCUUUCCUCCUGCACUGGACCCCAGUAUUCCCCUCUGAUGGGCAGACCCCCACAACUUUAAACGAUUAUCCUCUCUCAACACAGGAAGCUUUCUAGAAGUUUCCCUUCCACCAUCAGAACCAUUGGGCAUAACUGUUGAAUAACUUUUGGUCUUUUGGUGAAAGCUGAGAACUCCUGACUGUAAUAUAUUCUGUACAAAAUUUAUCGAAGGAAAAAUAAACCUGCUCUGGGCUCUUUCUUGUUUCUUUGAA